UCAUCUGUUCCUUGACCAGACAGGCAGGCAUCCCCAGUUGGUUUUCUUCUAGUCCAGGAGUCUCUUUUCUCAAUGCAUCGUUCCCCUCCACCAACUCGGGACGUUAUGAUGCUUCGCGGCGUCCUUAGACCUUUCGCCUUCUACUAUGCGCCGCCGAAGAGGUAGCACAUUCUCACCCGUCUCCACCUCUACUAGCAUCUCUUCGUGUAACUCGCACCAUAGUCGCGUCUGCGAAUCUGUUUCAUCGCAACAAAAGUGAGAAUCCGCUGAAGCUAAUCAUGACGACCGUGUCACCCGCCCCAUGGACCCGCGUGGGGGGCCUAAUGGACGAUAGCAUCACAGGGACGACAGUCGGACUGUCUCCAGAGGGGCCGCGGAAAAUAGUUCAUAUAAGAACAGGCUCGUUAGACGACGAGUCUCGCGUCGUUCCCAUCGCGCGCUCGUCGCCUCCUGCCGGGUCGGCUGUGGGAGAGCCUGCGCGGCCUGGCACGGCCGGAAGGGGUGGAGGCUCGUCGGUAGAAAGCCGGGUGUCGCCGAAAAGCGCCUUGUCCCCGAGCUCUAGUAGUGCUGUUGGUAGUAGUGCGAGUAGUAGCAGUAGCAGUAGUAGGAGUUCAAGAAGUAGAGGCGCUUUGCACCCGAAGAGCGACGUGCAUCAUUCGGCGGGAAAGCCGGUCGUCAUACGGAAACGCGGCGACGUCUUCGACGACUCGCAGCUGUUUCCGUCGGCCAGAGCCUCUCCAUCGCAUCAACCUGACCUCACUGCGCGCCGAUCCCUAGACAUCUCCGUGUCCAGCCAACCAAGACGCAUUUGCCCCGCAGCUGACCUGGCGGCGGCGGUGCCAGCUGGCGGGCCGGCGGCAGCACCCAGCGCGUGGGCAGGCAAUGACACGUCAGCAGCAGCGGAGCCGCUCGGCCAGUCGGCAUGGGCCAACAACCUGGGGUGCAAACCCGACCCGCGGCUGAACCCCUACCCCAACUUCGGCUCCCAAAGAAUCCGCUUCUCCUCCUCUCAUGACAGCCCGGACUGGCUACAGAGCCAGAGUCAGAGGUCUUCAUCCGAGUUUAACCCGAAACUGAACCGAAGCUCCUUCGACAGCAGACAUGUGCCCAUCUCUCCCGCCCCCAUCCCGUGGGACUCUCCUGCUGCAGGCAGCAAGUCCUACAACGCAGUAACGAGUCUCGAGGGGUCUACAGGGGGGGCAGGGGCAGGGGGGGGGCAAGGCAGUAAAGCAGCACCGCUGACCGGCAGAGGAGAGCAUAUGCCUGAGUAUGAGCCGCCACCCAUCGGCACGGGGAGCAGCGGUGGGCAUAAGGCAGUAGGAGCACAGGGCCCGAGGGUAUCGCCGAAGUCUGGUUUUUGCCCUCAGGCCCCUGUCAGAGCAGCAGCAGCAGCAGCAGGGCCUGUGAGGGCUGUGAGAGGUGGGAGUGGAUCCUUUCUGUUGCUGAAAGAUGAGCUGGCCGCUUAUGAAAGACGCGCAGGGACGGUUGCAGACGGAGAAGCAGCAGCAGCAGCAGCAACAGGAGCAACAGGAGCAUCUGCGUUUGUGAGGGCGGUGGGGGGCGGGAGUGGAUCCUCCAUGUCGCUGAAAAACGAACUGGCGUCUUAUGAAAGACGAGCAGGGAGGGCAGCAGAAGGAGAAGCAGCAGCAGCAGCAGCAGCAGCAGCAGGAGCAUCUGUGUCUGUGAGGGUGGUGGGCGGUGGGAGUGGAUCCCUCAUGUCGCUGAAAGACGAGCUGGCGGCUUAUGACGACAGCGAGGAGGAGGGAGAGACGCUCAUACGACCUCGUGCACCUGCUGCUGCGGCCACACCUGCUGCUGCUGCUGCUGCCCCUGCUGCUGCUUUGGCGGCAGAUAUUUCUGCACCUGGUGCUACUUUGGAAGCCUCGUUCGAAAUCUUCCGUUCUGACUCUCCGCCAACUGCAGCAGCUGGGAGCCACAGCACAGGCAGCAGCGGGGGCAGCGGCAGCGGCAGCGGCAGUGGCAGUGGCAGUGGCUCCAUAUCUUUCUCGCCGAACGGCCCCCAGCUGGCAGGAAACAGCCAAGGGAACAGCAGAGGGUACAGCCGGGGGGCACAGGGGGGCGAGGCUGGAGGAGGGGGCUCCCCAGCAGCAGUGGAGUGCCGGCAAUUCUCCCCGGACCAACUCGCCCGAGCCACGGACAGCUGGGCGGCAGACAACAGGCUCGGGCGAGGCUCGUUCGGAACCGUAUACAAGGGCCGGUUGCUGGGAUGUAUGGUAGCAGUGAAAAAACUCGAAGGGGGCGGGUGGCAGGGCAGUGCAGAGUACCACAUGGAAGUGGAAGUUCUGUCGAGGAUGCGGCACCCCCACAUAGUGCUGCUCAUGGGGCACUGCCCCGACGAGAUGUGCCUCGUGUAUGAGUACCUGCCAGGGGGCAGCCUGCAGGACUGUCUUGAUGCUAUUGCUGCUGGGAAUAGCAGUGGCAUGGGCAGUAGGGGUGGUGGGAUGAGCAGUGAUGGGUUUAGCAGCAGCACCGGUGGAGCGAGCCUAGGUGGUGCUGUCAUUAGCAGCGGUAGCAAUAGCAGCAGCAUUGGCGGGGGCAACAGUGCUGGUGGUGGUGGUAGUGUUGGGGGGAGCAGCAGGGGCGGCAGAAAGGCGUUGACUUGGUUUGACCGGGUGAGAAUCUUAUCUGAGGUGGCCGGAGCUCUGAUGUACCUCCACCAGAACGACCCCCCCAUAGCACACCGCGACUUAAAGCCCGACAACAUCCUCCUCGAUACAAGCCUCUCCUCUAAGGUGGGCGACGUGGGCCUUGCGCGGUUACUCAGCGACGUCGAGAACAUAACCGCGCGGGUGCGAGGCACAGUGGGGUAUAUUGACCCGGAGGAGCUAGAGACCUGCGAGAUCUCGGUGCUGUCUGACGUGUAUGCGUUUGGGCUGAUAGCGCUGCAGCUGCUCCUAGGGGAGCCCAACGUGAAAGAGCUCCAUAGGAGACUGGCGCGAAUGCAGGAGUGGAUUGGCGUGAGCAUGGGUGGGUUUGGGGUAGGGGGAGGAGAGGGCAUGGUGGGUAAUGCCUGGGGCCAGAGCCCGUCAGCCGAGGCAGCCAGUACAAGGGUUUUGGCGCGGACUAUUGAUGAGAUCGUGAGGGAGUUGGACAUUUCCGGGGGCCAGUGGCCCGUGCCUGUGGCUCGGAAGCUGGCGGAGCUGGCGCUCCGGUGUGUGGUUCGGCAGCGGGAGGCUCGGCCGAGCCUGGUGGAGGUGGUACAGCCGGCCAUGGGGGAGGUGAUGGAGGACGCUGAGGGGGAGAUGGGGAAGCGGAGACGAAGCUUCGACGAGCAGUGCAUGUGCCCCCUGUCGCAUAAACGCAUGACGGACCCGGUGGUGGCAGCCGACGGGUUCACGUACGAGCGCAGCAGCAUCGAGCGCUGGUUGCUCGCCCACUCCACCUCACCACGCACCGGCCAGCCACUCCCCCACAAGCACCUCACACCCAACCACACGCUCAAGGUGCUGCUGCAGGGGCAGUAGGGGCUGCUUACUUUGCUGCAGGGGCAGUAGAGGCUGCUACUCUCCACAGGUUCACGCAGAGGCGCAGCAGCAUCGAGCGCACCACCCUCCGCACCGGGCAGCCGCUCCCCCACAAGCACCUCACACCCAACCACACACUCAAGGUGCUGCUGCAGGGGCAGAAGGGGCUGCACGCUUUGGUAGAGGCGCAGUAGGGGCUGCUACUCCCACAGGUUCAUGUACGAGCGCAGCAGCAUCGAGCGCACCUUCCCCCGCACCGGCCAGCCCCUCCCCCACAAGCACCUCACGCCCAACCCAGCCGCUCCUCCAUUGGUGCUUGUGCUUCCUUGGUGCUUGUUCUUCCUUGGUGCUUGUGCUUCCUUGGUGCUUGUGCUUGCUGCAAUCUGGGGGGCUGGGGUCCCUACUGGCCCUGCAGCUCAAGCACAAGCACAAGCAUCUCACUCACCCCCAGCCAAGGUGCUGCUGCAGGUGCAAUACAGUCUACUGCUGCCUGUGGGAUUGCCUGACACACUGGCAUGAUGGCAUCUGCAACCCGCCUUGGCAUCGAUCAAGCAUCUCGCCAUCUCCCUGCAAUCCGUCAUCUCUCAACAGACUUUCACUAUUUGUUUGCUGGCCAACCUUUUCCACCAACCCGGCUUCUCCGGCUUGGUGCUAUUGCGGCAGCGCACCAUUUGUGUUAGCAGCAACAACAGCAGCUAUUGUGCACUUCAAAUCCUGCAGUGCACGCUUUUUUUGUUCGAUUUUUAUCGUUUUGCCCGUAGGUAGCUGUAGUAUGCAUAGCAGACCCCCAGGUUGACGAUAUGCUGUGUGGAUUCAUGUAGAUGUGGUACUGUAUGGGCUGCUUUGGUACGAUGUGUUGUGAUAUAGUAGUUUCCAUGUAUCAUACAAGAUGAUGU